ACAUUGCUGCUCAGCAUAGCACAUCAUAGCUCCCCCCACCCCACCCUAUCAGGUCUCCUGGGGGCUUUGCAUCAUUCAUGAACCCUGAGAGCUUCUCUCAUGUAAAGCAGCGAGCUGCAUCCUCAGCAGCCACAUCUACCUCCCUCAUCUCCAAAGGCAGAGGACCAGGCUGGGUCAUUGGGAGCUAAGCAACUGUCUGGUGUGUGAAAUGGCAGGAGAAUUGGAUUCGGAGCUUCCGCAGAUCGACCCCAGAAUCCUUAUUUUCCUUCUUUACAUGGUGAUUCUGCAGGAGCUAGUGUCUGGAUGGAUGGAAUACAAGAAACUGGCGUGCAAACCCAAAAAACAACCCGGACCUGUCUGGUCGUCUAGGUGAGUGCUUGAGAUUGUGAGUAUCAGCCCUGCGUAGAUAUAGACACGUCUUGUUAAAUCCCACACCAGGGACCUGGUAUCAUCGUUUGAUAAAGACAUAUCUAUAUCAUUAGAUGCUUCGAUAACCUCUCACCUUCCCCGAAUUCUCCCACAACAGAGUAUCCAUCACCUCUGAAAGACUAUCAACAUUUUAAUUAGAUUGAAUCCAAUAAAUUAAUGGGAAUGUGCCUGAUAAUACUUUGUGUCCCCUGAGGACCCUGGAAAUAGUUCAUACAUGGACAUUGGACUGAACCCCCGAAUCGCUGUCCUUAAUAUGUACAGUAGUCCAAUAACUGGUAAAUAUUAAGGUGUAUCUGUUCUUAGCAUCCCAUUUACAGAUAAAAAGGUUUGGAGAAGGAUAAUUCUGGGAGCUGGGAAGGAAAGGGUUAAGAUUUUUAGUCUAAGUGUCUGUCCUUGGCUAGCCGGUAGGGAAGUGGGGCAAUGUGUAUUGGGAUAUUAGGAGCAGUCUCCUGUAAUCCGUGGCUUUAUAGAAAAUCCCUAAGGAUUAGAGUGUCAGUCGGGUCUUGCUACUUGUGUUCAUUUUAUUAUUGUCUGUAAGGAAUGACCAUGUAUGAAAGGCUGGCACGGGCUGCAUGUCUUGCCUUCUGAGUCCAUCAUGCCAAAAGCACUCUAACAGCAGUUUAGCGACUCUCGGAUCCACCUGGCAACCACUGGCGCAGGACAAUGCCAUCUGAAAAUGUUCAUCUCAGCUAAGAAGCUUGUUAGAAAAAUUCUCUAAAAUCUCAGGCUGUUCUGGCUUUGUUCCUUCUCUGCGAGAUGUGCCCAUUGAGUGCCAUGCAUUGUAUCUGCAUGAGACAAAGAGUUAAUCCAUUCAGCAAUGUGAAAAUGUACUCCAUUUAAUGCUUCUAAAGUCACUUAAGAGUAAUAUUAUUAAAAACAUUUGAGUGAUGUACGGUGUGACGCAUUGCUUCGUACAAGAACUGACACUGAUAGGAGCAUGUUCUCAUCAUGUGGUUCAUAUCUACUGAGAAAAACUAGCAGGAGAUAUAGGGAAAAAAACAAAAACUCUAUAUUUAUUUAUUAUAUAUUGAAUAGGUAUAUGGCAGUUCAAUCUGAAACGAAGCUUCAAUAAGCAACUUUCAUGACAAUCUAGCGGGUUUAUUCACUAAAGUGAGAAUUCAAAGUGAAUUUAAAAUUUAAGGCCAGAGUAGCCGACCUGACAGAAUUUUUUUUGACCUGAAAUUUAAAACACAUUUGAGAUUGCGUGAAUUCCCACUUAAGUGAAUGCCAUUGUAGGAGAUGAAGAGGGAAUGAGUAAAUAUAAUUAGAAACAUGGUAUUUGUGGUGAUAGGGCUUUUAAAUGGGGGCGGGAUAAUCUAGAAAGAUAUUAAGAGAGAUAAGGAGUGAGAUCAAAGAGACAGCCACAGGUGAAAGAGACAGCUCACCAUUUUUCAUUGCAUUUUGUUCUCAGAAACCAGCAACAUGUUAAUGCCAGUAAAGGAAAUUAAAUAAGAGCAUGAUAUAAGACAUAUUAAAUAUGGUUCUUGAAGUCUGUAUGCGCACGUUUCAUUUUAAAAUGCUGCUCUCACCUCCAGCAGAGCCAGAGUUUUGAGCUGGCUAAUGUCAAUUCUGUGCAAAGUUCAUUUUCUGAAUGUCUGUGUCGCGUAUUCUUCAUCUCCAUGUGACAAAAACUGAGAUAAUUACCUUCUGAAGAUCGAGGGUAGUGCCGCUCGGUGGUCUUCUGCCAUGAUGCCUGGCUUGUGCGACAUGUCGGUGCAAAAGACACACACGCACAUUUUGGGGGCAAGGGCUAGGUACAGCCAAUUGGAUAUGCAAGAGGGUUAUUUAAACUCACUUAUUCUGUAGCUCUUUGCUCUGUCGUGGUUUCUCUUAGAUGGUUAUCCGAGAACCAGAAGUGCGUCACUGGGCCUCUAAGGAGCAUCGGAGCCCAGCAGGGACCCAGGUAAGGGGGCAAACUGUUGCUAAGCAAUUUUGCCUCAUCUCAGGGAACUGGGCGCACCUGCCAUCAUGAACAGGCUAUAUCGAUUAUGGUGUUUGAAUUCACCCUUUAUUAUAAAACUUCCUUUGCACGCAUCCUAAUGAAUCGUGGCUUGUACUGCCAUGGUGUCAUUUCUUUUAUUAUCACAAUUUAUUAAAUGUAUAUUUUUAUUCCAAUAGUUGAUAUUUCAGGCAGAGCCAGGUGGCAGCCCAUGUGAAUGUCUGGUAGUCUGUCUGUGUGUUCUGUGUAAUUGGACCGCAAAGCUGCACAUCUUGGGUUUAAAGUCAGUACGAGAGUCGGCAGAAGGAGUGACAGCUUCUGUUAAUCCUACUGUCAUGUCUGCCUUACCCAUUCUCAUUUCUGUCAUAGUUAUAUAAAGAUCAUUGUUAAUAUUUGUAAUUUUUACAGGUGAUUUGUCAGAAAUUAGCUCAUAAAACUAAUUUAGUUUUCACUUCCUUCCCUUGGACAGCUCUCGUAAUUGAGUAAUUUCAAUAGAAGAAUGGGAACAUUUUCAGGAUCGAGAUGUGGGAAACAAAAUCAGUUUUAAUUCCAUGUUGUAACAUUACAAAAUAUGGGGCGGGGAGUUGUGUACUUAUUAGUAUUCACAUUUAAAUAACCAUGGCCUUAAACUGUCAAUGACGGGACUGCUCUUUCAUAUAAAAUUCAGAGUGUUUUUUGUUUUGUUUGUUUUUUUGCCAGACAUCUUAAAGGACCACUAUAGUGCCAGGAAAACAUACUCAUUUUCCUGGCACUAUAGUGCCCUGAGGGUGCCCCCACCCUCAGGGUCCUCUUCCCGCCAGUGCUGGAUGACGAGGAAAGGGUUAAAACUUACCUUUUUUCCAGCGCCGGGCGGGGAGCUCUCCUCCUCUUCGGCUGAAUGCGCAUGCGCGGCAGGAGCUGCUCGCGCAUUCAGCCAGUCUCAUAGGAAAGCAUUUACAAUGCUUUCCUAUAGACGCUGGAGUCUUCUCACUGUGAUUUUAACAGUAAGAAGCACGCAGAUGCCUCUAGCGGCUGUCAAUGAGAGAGCCACUAGAGGCUGGAUUAACCCAUUUAAAAACAUAGCAGUUUCUCUGAAACUGCUAUGUUUAUAGAAGAAAGGGUUAAUCCUAGCUGGACCAGGCACCCAGACCACUUCAUUAAGCUGAAGUGGUCUGGGUGCCUAGAGUGGUCCUUUAAUGAAUUGCGUGACACAGUAGCCAUAGUUUCUAACAGUCAGAUUCCACUUUGAAAAAUUGUGGUUUUCAAAUACUUUGUAUCACUUUUAUGCUGGGAAAAUUAUUUCUAAGCUUUUUUUAUUUUACAGCAUUUAUGAUACAGUUUGUAUUUUUACCAGUUGCCUAAAACAGAUUAGUCUAAUAUGCAUAAAGGAAUGUUAUAAACUAUGUAAAAACCAAUAGUAACAGUUAUUUAAAGAAACGGUCUUUGAAAUCUCUUCAGUUCAGUCUGGUGUACAUACAGUUGUUUUUUUUACAUUUGUACUAUGAACCAGGCUGAUCGCAUUACCAGAUGAGUACAGUUUGUUUCACUCCACACAUUUAACCAAAGCCUUUCUCAGGCAGAUUACACUUUGUGGUUUUAAUCUGGGAUUAUACGUCCAAAAACAAAGAAGUCACCAAACACUGGGUUAUUGUGUUAUCGACAACAGAAAUAGCUGAACACUGUGAGACCUUGCAGUGCCUUAAAUUCGACUAAAGGUGAAAUAGAAUUAUGUUUUAAUAACUAAAUCGUUUUUUUUCUUUGUGCUGAGCAACAUAGUGUGUUAGAUGCUCAGACAUUUGAUUAUGGACCUACUGAGGCUGGAGUCCCAUGUGGGGUCAUGUGUAGGCACUCUCUGCUAGCCUGUAGGAAACUCUAUGUGACAGUGUUGACUUCUGAUGAUGGUUAUAUCACCGUAGUCAGACUCUUGGUAUGAAAGAAGCCUCCGCUGGUGUCACUGAGCCCGCAGUUUCCCCAUUAUGUGAGACAACAAGGUGUCUAGCUGCUGGUUAACUCAUUUCACUUGUUCCGCACUAGACAUGAGCAAAAAAUAGUUUUAAGUGAUUGGUCUGAAUAACAUGCCUGGUAAUCUUAAAAACUAGGUUUGUUCAAAAACACAACCAAAUCGUCUGAAUUAAAAUCCUUAUAAUCCGAACUUGAAAAAUAAUUUUAACUCGGGCCAUUUGAAAUCGAUGGACACAAAUAUGGACAAAAUUACAACACAUUUUUACACGUCUAUUCUGCAGUUCCCAGCAACCAUGAUUGCUGGCCUGCCCCUCCACAUACCGUCCCCCAGCCCCUCUGCAUACCUCCUCCUGCAUUCUACAUAACUGCUUCUCUGCAUUCAGUAUCAGCUUUAAAGGGACACUAUAGUCACCAGAACAACUACAGCUUAUUGCAUUUGGUCUGGUGAGUAGAAUCAUUACCUUCAGGCUUUUUGCUGUAAACACUGUCUUUUAAGAGAAAAUGCAGUGUUUACAUUACAGCCUAGUGAUAACUUUACUGACCACUCCUCAGAUGGACGUUAGAGAUCCUUCCUGGGUCAUGGCUGCCUAAAAUGCAUCCAAACAUUCAGUGUCUCCUCCCUCUGCAUGCAGACACUGAACUUUCCUCAUAUAGAUUCAUUGAUUCAAUUCAUCUCUAUGAGGAGAUGCUGAUUGGCCAGGGCUGUGUUUGAAUUGUACUGGCUCUGCCCCUGAUCUGCCUACUUGUCAGUCUCCGCCAAUCCUAUGGGGAAGCACUGUGAUUGGAUCAGGCUACCACUUCUGAUGAUGUCAGCGGACUGCUUGUUUUUUCUGAGGCAAACAGCAUGCAGAGUUACAGCUUCUGGCUUGAAUUCAGUAAUAUUUUGCUAUAUUUAUGGAGGCAUGAGGGGCCCAGGAGGGCUAGAUGGUGGUUUUAACAACACUAUAGGGUCAGGAAUACAUGUUUGUGUUCCUGACCCUAUAGUGAUCCUUAAGGGAGCAGCUAAUGUCAGUUGUUAACACAUAGCCUGGGGAAUGAGCCCCCUUGACUGAAUCUGCCAGUCAUAUUCCCGCAUAUCAACACAACUGGCCUUACAAUACCCACCUGGGCGCAUGUUUAAUUUUUGGAGCUAAAACAAAUAAAGUUAAUUUGGAGCCAUCAAUCAACCACAUAGUUUCUUCAAAUAUAUAAACCAUUCAAUGCAUUUAAUCUCAGGACAUUUAGCGGGCAAUGGAAACACAAGCUUGAACACACUUGUCUCUCUGCUAUAGAUGGUUCUACUGGAAAUUAAGAAAUGAGCAUGAGAACUAAUGUUAUAGAAAAUAUGUUAUAUUGAAACACUAAUUUGCUGCUUAUAGAAUCUAUGGACUGAUACUCAGGGUAACAGGAGACCUUAUCCUAGGUUGGCCUACUAACUCCAGCUCACAAGAUAAAUUUACUCAGAAUUGCUUUGCAUUAUCUUGUUCACAUUGUAAUUUGCCCCAUAAUUUAUUGUUUUUCAUUUCUGCAGUUACACGAGGUCCUCCUCGAGAGUCGGACUUUCUCAGCUCACUGUCAACACUAUCAGAAGAGAUCGCUCGAGAGAGUAUCGGAAGCCUGGGAGAAUUUUCAGGAAGGCCUAACUUAGAGGUGGAACUAUCCAACGGGAUGUCUUCCCAAUAACGGUGUUUCCCUGCACAGAGUGUUAGUGUCUGGCAUGGAGAGUCCCACGUUGUAACUGGCCACAUUGGCGCUUCGAUGGGAAGGCUGCAAUGGAGAAGCUUAUUUGGAGAUAUAAGGACACAUACCACGGACGGCUGAACAUUGUUUUUGUAUAUGAUCCACACAAAAAAAAAGACGUUGUUUGGGACAGAGUCUGUAAGAAAAACUUGUUUUGUGACAUACACAAAAUGAGAUAAAUUGAAACUGAGAAUGGCCUAUAGGUUGUUUGACCUUAUUGACCCUUUUGGGGGCUGAUACUAAGAAGGCUUGGGUCUCGACAUGUUAAGAGGAAAAGGAUGAUAAUCUUUUACAGAAAAUUUAAAGUUUGAUUGGUGCAUGUAAUAAAAACAUGUUUCUUUCUUUCUACAUGGACUGUUUAUAAGACAAUGUUGAAUAAUGAAAUGACUUACUGGGCCUGUUUCAUGCACAUUGUUGCAUGGGUUAUCUAGAUCGAGGUAAAUCGAUACAACGCUAGUUAUGGAGACAUCAUAGAGAUUGUGGGGUUUAUUAUUCACUAAACACUAAAUUGUAGUGAAUUGCAAAAUCACAUUGUAAAUCUGGCCAAGCUGUUUCUAUGGCGAAGUUGGAGGAUUUUUCCAAAUCAGCUAUUUUUGCCUAAAUGUUGCAAUUAGGUUUAUUCUCCGUGUUUUGUGAAUUCUCCUACUUUCAGUCGCUAUCCAGGGAAAUCGGACGCCCCGGCACCUAGAAUAAAGAUUUCAUUCAGCUCAUUUCUGAGCCUUUCUUGAGUUCUCUUCAGAAAUACUGCAGGGGUGACAGGAUGAAAACUGCAGUCUGAAUGGAGCCGGUAAAUUCAGUGACUGUACUGUGACUGGACAUCCACCUUGUUUUCCGGUUUGAAGUUAGGUUCUGUGUGGAAGGGUCAGAGACAUAACACCAUACCCCCACUCUCUCUAUUGGCGCUCAGCACCCAGAGGCACUGACAGAGCAUGCAUACUGCCAGGACUCUCACUCCCAUGCUGAUCAUACACACUACCAUGAAAAAUGAAUUUGAUGCAGUGUCCCACAGUCAGG